CACAUCUCAACCCGGGGUAACGACCUCUAUCCCCCCACUUCUUUAGCUCCCCGUCUCAAUUGGCUCUAAUGUCGGCGCUGGAUUUAAAUCAUUAUGGUCGUGUGACUGCUGCAGGGAUAUACGCUAAUGUGCUCUUGACGAUUUUUGUGGCUGGUCUCCAAUUCUUCAUGUGCAUUUAUGGAUUGACAGUUUUCGUGGAUACGCCUUCCAGUAGUCGCAAGGGACGGAGACCCUACAUGAUCGUCUCGUUCAUCAUCCUGAUUACCUGGUGCAUCACCGCUGCGUUGGACGCCUAUAGUGUCUUCCGGUCGCUGUCAGAGUCGACAUCAGGGGAAGAGUUCUAUCGACUUACAGUGAGCUUUGAAGGAGAAUGGUUCAGGGUUCUCAGUCUCUUCUCGCUCUUUCUGGGACUGUUCGUCGGUGAUGGGCUCUUGCUUUACCGCGCUUAUGUUGUAUGGAAAGACCGGCGGUGGGCGCUGAUCUUCCCUUGCCUUUGCUAUCUGACGUCUUUGGGGCUCGCGCUUUACAUCGCCUCCCCACAAAAGGAGAACUGGAGAGACAACGACCGGAUAAUCGCAGGUUCAUUCACCUUCGUUGCCGUCUCAGUGAAUGUUAUGGUCACGCUUCUCAUCUCAUUCCGCCUCCUACGCGCACGGCAGCUAAUGGCAAAGGUACUCCCCUGCCACGACUUCCUGCUCUACAAGAAGGUCGCGAUAAUCCUCAUUGAGUCAGCGCUGCCCGUUGCAUUCUUUGGAUUGUGUUACGCAAUAACGCUGGUCUUGGUUGGCCCGAUGGGCAAGAGCACCGAGUCGGCGUCGAUUUGGCAGGUGUUGAACAUGACGUUCUCGGCGCUGUACUUCUCGUUCGCGAGUGACGACUGGGCGCUCGUGGACGAAUGA